AUGGUUAAUAGAAACCAAACUGCUGACGAAGUGAUUCAUAGGGUUAGACAAAUUAACCAGAUGGAGACUAAUUUGACUGCUAUGAUAGAGAGGAUCAUGGCCCAAAAUGGUCUGAACACCGAACUUCGAAGGCCAAAUUAUACAUCCCCUUUAACAGAUUAUGUUUUACAAACUGAAUUUCCCAGGGGUUGCAAGAUCCCUAAGUUUACCAAAUUUUCAGGGGAUACUAGUGAAUCUACCAAAGAGCACAUAGCCAAGAAUAUGACAAAGGCUGGAGAUUUGGCAAACAAUGAGGAUCUGAGGAUGAAGUUUUGUUUGUUAAAAGCUAGAUGCUUUACAGUGGUGUCUGAACACCAAUUAGUCGAAAUGGCCGUUGGAGGUUUAGAUUACUCUAUCAGGAAGAAAUUUGACACUCAAUAUAUGCGAGAUAUGGCCCAAUUGGCUGAUAGGGUUGCCUACGUCGAAGUACACGAAGGAGAACCGGAGAUCUUCGAGGACCAAUAUGGUUUUGAAGACUAUGAAGUAGAUCUAGCCGAAUUAAAGGAAGCAGGCCCCUAUACCUGCAAGAUGAUCACACCAUCGAACGGAAAAAAUCCCGUUGAAAUUGAAAAGAAUGAUAAGUUUCCUAAGAAAACAUACACAUUCUCCAUAACUAAAUGUGAUGAAAUAUUUGAUUUGCUUGUAAAAGUUGGCCAAAAUGGUUUUGCCUCCUAA